UCAAAAAUGGCGGCGGCGGUGUGAAGAUCGGUACCGGCUCGCGGGACUAGUGUGACAGAAUUUCGUUGCUGUCGAGGAUGAGACCCGAGGAGAGAACACCAGGAAGUGACACUAUGGGACAAACAGUGAAUGAAGAUUCGAUGGAAGUCAAGAAGGAGAGUCAAGAGAAAACUCCUCACUCAAGCACAUCAUCUGUGCAAAAUGAUGAUUUCCAGUGGGACAAAUACUUGAAAGAGACUGGAUCUUUAAGUGCUCCUGCAGAAUGCUUCAGACAGUCUAAGAUUCCACCAGCAAAUGACUUCAAAGUUGGUAUGAAAUUGGAAGCCCGUGAUCCUCGCAAUGUUACUUCAGUAUGUAUUGCUACGGUUAUUGGAAUUACUGGGGCCAGAUUACGUUUACGACUGGAUGGUAGUGACAAUAGAAAUGAUUUUUGGAGACUUGUUGAUUCCCGGGACAUACAGCCUGUCGGGACAUGUGAAAAAGAAGGAGACUUACUUCAGCCCCCACUGGGCUACCAGAUGAAUGCAUCAUCUUGGCCAAUGUUCCUUUUACGAACACUAAAUGGAUCUGAAAUGGCACCUGCAACUUCCUUUAAGCAGGAACCACCAAAGCCACCUAUAAAUAAUUUUAAAGUGGGGAUGAAACUGGAAGCUAUUGACAGAAAAAACCCUUAUUUGAUCUGCCCUGCGACCAUUGGAAAUGUUAGAGGUGAUGAAGUUCAUAUCACAUUUGAUGGCUGGAGUGGAGCAUUUGAUUAUUGGUGCAAGUAUGAUUCUCGAGAUAUUUUUCCAGUUGGGUGGUGCUGCCUAACAGGAGAUGUAUUACAACCACCAGGAAAUAGUGCUGAAAAAAAACCCAAGAACAAAGGAGUCACCAAGCCUCUGAAAGAUGAAGAAAAAGCCCUAGUUCCUAUUGCAAAGAAUAUAGGAAAAACACAGUCUUCCCCUUCCAAAGUGACCCAGCAGUCAAUGCAGUCUCCACAGAAAACUGCUGUAGUACAACCAACACAGCAGAUCAAGAAAUCGGGUCGAACUAAAUCACCUGGACAUACUGCAGUCCCCAAGAAGGGCAGUUCUCUUAAAAAUCCCACACCAAAGAAAAAAGGUGGAAGCUCAGGAAAAAAGGAAAAAUUUAUUCCUGUGUUGUGUUCAACAUCUUCAGCUUCUCUAAGUUCUCUGUCCAGAGACCGUGGUAGUUCAUAUGAUAAGGAUGCCUUUCUUGGGACAUCUAAAAUAGUGAUGUCUACAGUCUGUGUCUAUAUAAACAAACAUGGAAACUGUGGUCCACACCUGGAUCCGAAGCGAAUCCAGCAACUACCUGACCACUUUGGCCCAGGCCCCGUAAAUGUGGUGCUCCGACGGACUGUGCAGGCCUGUGUGGAUUGUGCCUUUCAGUCUAAGACUGUUUUUGGAUAUCUUAAGCCAGAUAAUCGUGGAGGAGAAGUGAUAACUGCAUCUUUCGAUGGGGAAACUCAUUCCAUUCAGCUUCCUCCUGUGAAUAGUGCAUCAUUUGCUCUUCGCUUUCUUGAGACUUUCUGCCACAGCCUGCAGUGUGAUAACCUUUUGAGCAGCCAGCCUUUCAGUUCCUAUAAGAGUAAUAUUCAUAGCCCUACAGAGCUUGAUAAAGAUAAAUCAGUGGUCGGGAUGGAACCCAAGGCUUCAUGCGUGCUAGUGAAAGAGGAAAUAACAGGAAAAAAAAGCAUCAAACGAUCUCCUCAGCAACCUGUACCUUGUAGUGUUCCUGUCUCUCCUAAGCUGCUCAAGACAAAGAUGCAUGUCUCUAAAGAAGAAUCACUGUCUGCUGAGGGAGAGGGCAUACCCAAAGAGGAAAAUUUCCCUGAAGAUUCAAAGAAUUCAUCACUUGAUUCAGGAGAUUCUUUGAAUCCUGUCUGUAGAAAUCUUAUGCAAACUUCAUUCUUCAGGAGUUUUUCUCAGAAUGUACCAAGCACCUCAAGUUCAAUACUAGUUGGGAACAAAUCAUCUCCCAAGAGCAGUUACUCUGAAGAUAAAUUCCAGAUGCAGAAGAAAAGUGAAGCUCCAAGUUAUAUAGCUGUACCUGACCCCAGUGUCCUGAAACAAGGCUUCUCUAAGGACCCUUCAACCUGGUCUGUGGAUGAAGUGAUACAGUUUAUGAAACAUACAGAUCCUCAGAUAUCAGGCCCCCUCGCCGACCUCUUCAGGCAACAUGAAAUUGAUGGGAAGGCUCUGCUGCUACUAAAGAGUGAUGUGAUGAUGAAGUAUAUGGGGCUGAAGCUGGGGCCAGCAUUAAAGUUAUGUUACUACAUUGAAAAACUUAAAGAAGGAAAAUAUGAUUGAAAAAAAGUAUAUUGACAUAAUUUCUCAGGUGUACUGAUAAAGUAUUCUUUGAGCAGUUUUGUUUUGUAGAAGGUUCUUAAAAAUAUUUUUUCAGAAUUGCAGAAUUACAUUAAUAGUCCAGUCUACUUUAAAAACCAUUUAACAUGUCACCAUUAGCAUAUUCAAGUUGACAGUUCAUUCUUUGUAUUUUUAUUACUUUCAUUGUAUAGUUUACAAAUAUACUUCAUUCAGUAAACAGAAAAACCUUUAAUUUUGGUUAAUCUUUAUAUCUAGAACCAAACAGCUAAAUCCCAAAGGGGAAAAUGUCAGGGAUUUAACAGCUUCUAUAAUUAAAUCCACAAGAAUUUUUCCUCAGAAGAGAAUUUAGAGAUGUACCUGUAGCUGUCAUAUCUUUCUCAAAUAUUUGUCUGAUUCUACAGUGUUCUGUUCAUGUUUUAUCAGUUUCUAGAAAGGGAAUUGCCAUAUAAAUUAUUUUCCUUUCUGUUUAGUUCUCUCAGUGUGGUAUUUGUUCAUAUUUAAAGGAAAGAGAAGCUUAUAAGCUUCAUAAAGUGUUCUUAUCAGUUUUUAAUAAUUUUUUGUAACUAUAGGAUAGAUAGAAUGAUCAUUUUGUGCAGAUGUUUAUACUACAAGAGUGGUUUGAAUGGAGUCAGAUUAAAUUUCUUUCAGUAAAUACCUGUUAUUUUAAAACUUCCUAUAUUUUUGCUAAGCUUGGACAUUAAGUACACAUUCAUUUCUCACAUCUCUAUCAAAAUACUUGUGUCCAAAUGUUAAAAGAUAUAUAUUGUAUGUGUGUAUUCCUCUUACGGAUACUUUACCAUAUUUAUAUACUAUUGUAUACCUGUAGGUAUACAUAAGUAAAUGUUUUCUUUUUGAAUUUAAUAUGGCACUUUGCACUGCCACAGAGUUAUUAUGAAUUAUGUAUAUAGUUAGAUGUUUUUAUUCCUUAAAAAAUAUGUGCAUCAUUUUCUAUCACCAAUACCUCCUAGCUUACUCUUCAGGUGAUAAGAAACAAUCCAUAGAUUGGUUUCCAUACAGGGAAGUUCUCAAUCCUAUGCAAUGUUUCUAAUUAAUUUGCUUAGUUCUGAGCCAUUCUGCUACAUUUUGAAAGAUACAUUAGUUUAUCAUGACUUAUUGUAUUGGGCUUUAUUUUAUGAGUUAGAACUUUCAAAGGGAAAUGGUGCUGUGUUUAUUGUUAUUAUUUUGCAUAACUUUGGUAUAAUGUUUAUAAGCUAUGAGAAUCAGUUAUAGAAGUAUUAGCCAUUUCCUAUAAAUGCCAAUAAAAUGUUCAUCAGGGCAAGAAUGUACACUUUCUUUUUAGAAAACCAAAUCUACUUCAGAUAAGAAUGCACUUAUUUAAAGGAUCAUUUCAUCUGUUAUUCCUUAUAAGACUAGAUUCUUCCUUAAACUUGAUCUUCUUUCAAAUUGUUUAUAUGAAGAUGCUGUGCCCAUUUGAACAGUCCUCAGGUGUUUGUAUAAAUACUAUGUUUUACAGUUUUCAGAUUUAAAAUAAAGUUAAAUAAC